GAUAUGUCGAGAAUAGCCUUUCUACUCUGCCUAGGGCUGAUCGCCUGGGCUAACGCGAAACCCCAAACUAGCGGACGUAUUGUCGGUGGUGAGUAUGCAGCCGAAGGAGCAUUCCCCUACCAAGUGUCAUUACGUUAUGAUGGUUCACAUAUUUGCGGCGCUUCGAUCAUCAGCCGCCGUUAUGUGCUGUCAGCAGCCCAUUGUGUCGGCGAUGAGGAUGCUGAAGGCAAUUACCUUGUUUACGGCGCUGAACAUUUCAGCAUACGUGCCGGCUCCGCUAAUCGUCUGCUUGGCGGUGUGGUCACAAAGGUCACCGAAAUUGUUGUGAAUGAGAAUUAUGCCAACUUUUUGCACGAUCUUGCCGUACUCACUUUGGAAACACCACUGAUUUACUCCAAUAAUAUACAAGCAAUCCCCUUGGCAAGUGCUGAGGUGCCAACCGGUGACAACGUUAUCAUUUCCGGUUGGGGUUACACGGCGACCAAUGCUUAUGCAUCGAACACGUUAAAAUGGAACACUGUCCAAACUCUGUCGAGAUUAUCGUGCUUGACUAGAAUCGGUAUGUCUAGUGAUGCGCUGCUCUGUUUGGGACAUUCGGUGGAUAAUGGCGCUUACUUUGGUGAUUCCGGUGGCCCGGCUGCAUACCAAGGUGAACUGGUGGGUGUGGCUAGUUUUGUAGUGGGUGGUUGUGGUAGCAGCAAUCCAGAUGGUUACGCGAAGGUUUUUAAACAUUUGGAUUGGAUUAAGGAGCACUCAGAUUUGUGAGCUUUGAACUGGGGUGGAACACUAUGUUUUACGAAAUUAUUGUAUUUUCGUUGCUGAAUUAAAAAGAGUUUUAAAAUAA